AGUGAACACUUCUUCCCUUUUGAUGGAUCAUCAUAUAUUACCUGAAAUGAUAGAAACUAUGGGAAACUUAACCAUUGAUGAAAACGCUCCUGAAUACACGAGAAAAAGAUUGGAAACAUGGUUUCGAGUGAAAGCAAAUAGAAACAAGCAACAAGUACCGAGUUCAGACGUCCCCAUCCGAGUGACUCUUCCUGACGGCCAAGUAAAGAUGGCUGUCAAGGAGAAAACGACGCCAAUGGAUAUCACCAAGGAGCUGUUUCCUGAUUUGGUUAAAAGCGCCAUUGUAGCGGUAGUAAACGAUAAACUGUGGGAUCUCAGUAGACCUCUAGAAGAAGACUGUAACUUGAAAAUAUGUGACUUUGAAACACCAGAAGGAAAAUCAGUAUUAUGGCACAGUACUGCACAUAUGGUGGGUGAAGCUAUGGAAUAUGUGUUCAAAGGAGAGCUUUGUAUUGGUCCUCCCAUCGAAAACGGAUUUUAUUAUGAUAUGCAUACAGAACAUCCGGUUAGAGAAGCAGAUUUAAGGGAGUUGGAAAGAAGAGCUUAUCAAAUUGCCAAGUCUAAACGAACGUUUGAGAGAAUGGAACUAGAAAAGGAAGAGGCAAAAGAAAUGUUCGGUUAUAAUCCUUUUAAGCUAGAAAUAAUAGAGAAACUUGGAGAUAAUGAGACAAUCACGGCGUAUCGUGAUGGUCCCUUUAUAGAUCUGUGCAGAGGCCCACAUGUUCCUGUUAGCACUAUGGUGAAAGCCUUAUCUCUUACCAAGACAGGUCAGGCAUAUUGGCUUGGAGAUGCCAACAAUCCAUCUCUUCAAAGAGUAUAUGGCAUAUCGUUUCCAGAUAAUAAGAUGUUGAAAGAGUAUAUGUCUCUUUUAGAAGAAGCAGAGAGACGUGACCAUCGUUUAAUAGGCAAAAAGCAAGAGCUAUGGACUUUCCAUCCUUGGAGUCCAGGAUGUUGUUUCUUUUAUCCACAUGGAGCUCGUAUAUAUAACAAAUUGGUAGAGUUUAUCAGAAAGGAAUAUUGGAAGAGAGGCUAUGAGGAAGUCAUUACUCCUAAUCUUUUUGAUUUUCAGUUAUGGGAGACAUCAGGUCAUGCACAGGCUUUCAAGGAAGACAUGUUUUUGUUAUCAGUAGAAAACCGUGAAUUUGGUUUGAAGCCUAUGAAUUGCCCUGGCCAUUGUUUACUUUUUGGUAGUCGUCAGAGAUCGUAUCGUGAGUUGCCUCUUAGAUAUGCAGAUUUUGGUGUGCUGCAUAGAAAUGAACUUUCUGGUGCUCUAUCUGGACUUACAAGAGUUCGUCGAUUCCAACAAGAUGAUGCGCACAUCUUUUGUAUGCCUUCACAAGUGGAAACUGAAGUGAUGAACAUGUUGGAGUUUUUAAAACACGUAUAUGAGCUCUUUGGAUUUACCUUUGAGUUGGUACUUUCCACUAGACCCGAAAAGUUUAUUGGUGAUAUUGAAUUGUGGAAUAAAGCGGAAGAGAAGUUGAAAAGAGCUUUGGAGAAUUUCACGGGGAAAAGCUGCAAUGAGAAAGGUGGCUGGACACUGAAUCCUGGAGAUGGUGCUUUUUAUGGUCCAAAGAUAGACGUGAAAAUCCACGAUUCUUUACAAAGGAGACAUCAAAGUGCCACUAUCCAGCUUGACUUUCAGCUUCCUAUUCGUUUUGAUUUAGUGUAUCACGCACCUUCGAAGAAUAGUCAACAAGAUUCUCGAAAUGAACAAGGAGAUAAUGAAGAGACUGAAUUGCACCGUCCUGUAAUUAUUCAUCGAGCGAUAUUAGGUUCGGUAGAGAGGUUCUUGGGAAUUUAUACGGAACAUUGUGCUGGCAAAUGGCCAUUUUGGUUGAGUCCACGUCAAGUGAUCGUCAUUCCUGUUAGUGAAAAAUACAUCGAAUACGGACAACAUGUGAAGAAUAUGAUUCAUGAACAAGGCUUUUUUGUCGAUAUGGAUACUUCGGAUAGAAAGUUGGCGAAGAAAAUAAGAGAAGGACAGUUGGCACAGUACAAUUAUCUACUUGUAGUGGGAGAAAAGGAAGCAGCAGAUCGUACCGUAAAUGUACGAACACGUAGCAAUCAAGUGAUUGGAGAAAAGAGUCUUGAAGAUAUUUUAGAAGAAUUUCAUCGAUUACAAAAAAAUUAUGAAUGACAGUGAUAGUUAAAAUAUAGUCUUACAAUAUGUAAAAUCGAAGGAUAUUGUGAAAUAUGCU